GCUCUCGAUAAAGGGCACGGCUAUUGACCCAUUUACUAAAUCUUACGCACAUUUCUGAAAACAUUGUACACCGUUCAUUGCUGUCGGACCAGCAGGCUGGCCUCGCCGCGCAGCGUAUAUCAUACUGGGGGAGGAGCAAAUAAACGAGAAAAGAGUAAUUGAGCAUGCAAGCUAAUCAGACCAUUGACAAAUCGAAUCUUACUACGGUCAUGAAGAGAGGGGGAAUUGGUGGGCAGCAGCGAGUUUUUUUUUUUUUUUUGCAUACUUCAGAAAGCGAGUAUGAAAGCACUUUCACUAUAUUGGGAAAAGAUGAUGUGUUUUGUCCAUGCUGCAAUUCAGAGUUGCCAAGGAAUAAAGAGAGGCAUCACUCAGCUUAUACUUGGAUAUCAAAGCGCUUGUACAUAGCGAUUCUUCAGGUCUUUCUACUCUUUUUUAUUCAAAUUUGUCAUCAACAUGGCGUGUAUAUAAGGGAUCAUUUUUCAGCUGUCCUAACUACCAAAGAAAAGAAUUAAGGAAAAAAAAAAAUAUGAAAUCCAUAUCCCAAAAGAU